AUGUUGCAUUUAUACCGCCAACACACCCCUCGCUUCGCCCGUACAUCUCUUGCUAUUCACUCGACCAAGGAUGGGAUACUUUCAGUACCAAGCCGGCGGAAAGCAUCAGGCUAUGCAAAAUUUAAUUGGGAGGAUCCCUUGAACUUAGAGUCGCAACUAACGGACGAAGAAAUUGCCAUCAGGAAAAUCUCAUGCCUAGAGUUCUACAUGGAUGGCGUACUGAAGUCUUUAACGCUAGAGUUUAACCACGAUAUCAUUCCUGAGAUGGGUAAACUUGGCUUACUUGGUCCUACUAUCCAAGGCUAUGGAUGUGCCGGAGUAAGCAAUGUUGCAUACGGGCUGAUUGCAAGAGAGAUAGAAAGAGUUGACUCAGGAUAUCGUUCAACUGCAUCUGUUCAAUCUUCACUGGUCAUGCAUCCCAUCAACGAAUUCGGCACUGACGCUCAGAAGGAAAAGUACCUUCCUCGACUUGCAAAGGGAGAGAUCGUUGGUGCAUUCGGUCUUACAGAACCCAACCAUGGAUCUGAUCCGGCAGGCAUGGAGACGACAGCAGAGGAGGUAGAUGGAGGGUUUAUUAUCAAUGGAAGCAAAACUUGGAUAUCCAAUGCGCCAGUAGCAUACGGUAUUUCAUGGGGUGUAAUGGGUGCUCUGGAAGAUUGUAUUGAACGCACAAGGGCAUACGCACUGGAGCGCCAUCAAUUCAAUCGCCCGUUAGCAUCCUUCCAGCUGGUGCAGAAGAAACUCGUGGAUGCCCAAACUGAAGUUGCUUAUGGUCUCCAGGCAAGUCUGCAAGUAGGAAGGCUAAAGGACCAAGGCAAACUCGCGCCCGAGAUGAUUAGCAUGGUUAAGCGUAACAAUUGCGGUAAGGCAUUGCAGCAUUCCCGGGUUGUUUUGGAUAUUUUGGGUGGAAAUGCAUGUGCCGACGAAUAUCACGUAGGACGACAUGUAGCAAACCUACAAGUUACCAACACAUACGAAGGAACUAAUGACAUCCAUGCUCUUAUAUUGGGCAAGGCGAUGACGGACAUUCCCGCUUUCGCCAAUUAA